ACCUCUUGGUAAUACGCCGUCAAAUUUGCCAACCUUCGAUCAAGAGCUUCCCAGCAAUUUCGUUUCGGUCCAACUCUUUGAUCGAAUACUUCUCAGACUCUAUAUUUCCCUCCUUUCUAUUUAUUCCACUUGGCAACAGAGAGAGAGAUAGAAGAGAGAGAGAAAAGGAAGAAGGAUGGGGAAUUACAUGAGCGGGAAGAAGAGAAUCAUCAAGGUGAUGAAGGUAGAUGGCACCACCUUGAAGCUGAAGCCUCCAGUUAACGCCGAGAGCGUGCUGCGGGAUUGCCCGGGCUACGACCUCCUCGAGUCGGAGGAGGUGAAGCGGGUCGGGGUGCAAGCCCGGCCGCUUGCUCCGGAUGCGCCGUUGCGCUCGGGGAAGCUCUACUUUCUUGUGGAGCUGCCCCGGGUUCCGGACCAGCGAGCACCCCGGAGGGCCUGGUCGGGGCCGAUGCACCUGAGCGCCAAGGAGCGGCUGGAGAGCCUCAUGCUAACGCGUCGGACCAUGUCGGACAUCUUAGUGACAGGAAAUACGACGUCAGCGGCGGUCGAGGCAGAGGAGGGUAAGGAUGGCACCAUCCGCCUCAAGAUGAGGCUUCCGAAGGCUGAAAUGGAGAAGCUGAUGCGGGAGAGCAAGACUGCCACCGAGGCGGCUGCGAAGAUUGCGGAGCUGUGUGUGGUGAAGGAUGGCGGCGCCACCAAGAUGCCCCAGCUGCGGACACCGGCUGUGGGAACCGGACGGAAGGAGAGACGAGCAAGGUUUGCUGCCAUGCCAGAUGAGAUCAUUACCUAGGUAGUCAUCCGUGUUGCCGAGGUCUCGAUCACUACAGCGUUUAGUUCGAGCAAAGGAGAAAUAGAUCACUUUGUGGAAAUUGAGAAGCUGCCGAUGGCUUCCAAAUCCUCAUCACUGUAUCAUUUUUCUUCCCUUGUAAUAUAUGUGUGCUUCAGUAGAGUCAAAGUAAUGAAAUAUCUGAUAUAAUGAGAAUUUAUUUAUUCUUUUCCUUGCCAAAAACAAGAGUUGGUGAAAAUUUCAUUCUCUCUUCAUGUUGAUGAAGAAGCUAAAUUCAAUAACCAGUUUCAAAUGU